AUGAUGAAGAGGCAGUUUAAUCGGAUGCGGCAGCAGCUGUCCCAUCCCAACAUCACCAGCCGAGCCCAAGAAGCAACCGAGCUCCUGCCGGAAGAUUUGCUGCAGAUUGAGCAGAGGAUCGAGCCGGCGAAGCGAGCAGCUCACAGCGUGUCCAAGAGGCUCCAAGCCUGCCUGCAGGGGCAAUGCGGCUCCGAGAUGGACAAGCGAGUGAAGAAGCUGCCCUUGAUGGCUCUGUCCAUGACGAUGGCUGAGAGCUUCAAGGAACUGGACACAGAGUCCAGCCUCGGGAAAGCCCUGGAGAUGGGCUGCUUCAUACAGAGCUCGCUGGCCAAAAUCCUGGCUGAGUUCGAGAUCGCCCUGGAGCAUGACGUCCUGCAGCCACUCAACAAGCUCAGCGAGGAGGAGCUUCCCAUCAUCCUGAAGCGCAAGAAGACGCUCCAGAAGUUGAUCUCUGACUGGAACACCAUCAAGAGCCGGCUGAACCAAGCUGCCAAGAGCUCCAGUAACAGCUCUGGUGCUGGCACUGGCCCCGGAGCAUCUUCUGCUGCCAACAAACUGGAGAUCUUGAAGGAAGAGGAGGAGGAGGUGAAGAGGAAGGUGGAGCAGUGCAAGGACGAGUACAUGGCUGACCUCUACCACUUCUCCACCAAAGAGGACAGCUACGCCAGCUACUUCAUCAGACUGCUGGAAAUCCAAGCCCAGUACCACCGCCAGUCCUUGGGAUCGCUGGACUCGGCUCUGGCGGAGCUGAAGGGAAGCACCAGCCCUCCAGAGCCCUCCUUUGCUGCAGAUACCCCGGUGGCAGGGUACUAUGGCGUGCCCCUGGAGACGCAUCUCAAGAGCUUGGGCCGGGAGAUCGCGCUGCCCAUCGAAGCCUGUGUGAUGAUGCUGCUGGCCUCCGGCAUGAGGGAGGAGGGACUCUUCCGGCUGGCGGCGGGUGCCUCGGUGCUGAGGAAGCUGAAGAGCAGCUUGGCCAGCGGCUCCAACGCCCUGGAGGAGUUUUACUCGGACCCCCACGCCGUGGCCGGUGCGCUGAAAUCCUACCUGCGGGAGCUGCCCCAGCCUUUGAUGACCUUCGAGCUCUACAACGAAUGGGUCAAAGUGGCCAGCUUAAAGGAUGUUGACAGCCGCGUACAGAGCCUGCAAGACACCUGCAGCCGCCUGCCCCGGGAGAGCUACAACAAUCUGAGGUAUCUGAUCAAGUUUUUAGCCAAGCUGGCCGAACACCAAGAGUUGAAUAAAAUGACCCCCAGCAAUAUCGCCAUCGUGCUGGGCCCCAACCUGCUGUGGGCGCAGCAGAGCACAGGAGACCCUGUGCAGCUGGACUUGGCCUCGGUGUCCUCCAUCCAGGUGGUUGGCGUGGUGGAAGCCCUCAUCCAGAAUGCGGACACCCUCUUCCCUGGAGAGGUAGAUUUCAACGUCUCGGGCAUGUUCACGCUGCCCGCAAGCAGCGGACUUGGCGAGGCCGACCCAGUGGAAGAGCCGUCGCCCGAGCCCCCUCUGGCCGGGACCCCCGCUCUCCUGGAUGGAGAGGCCACCUCAAGGGACCCCGAGGCCGUGUCUGAGCCACGAUCCCCAGCGGUGACCCGACCGUCUCCCGAAGCCAUGGGGCCACCGGCUCCGCAGACAACUGAUGACACCGCCCGCAAAGGCAAGCGUCCAGCUCCGUCCCGACCCGCGACACCGCUGCCGCCCGUGGCCCAUCCCCGCAGGACGGGCAGCCUCACAGCCGCCGUGGAAACCGCUUCGGGCCGCAAGGCGCUGGUGGUGGGGAAGCCCAACACCUACAUGUUCGACUGCAUCGUGGAGCGCUUCGGCGUCGACCCGUCCCGCACCCUGAUGGUGGGAGACCGCCUGGAGACGGACAUCCUCUUCGGCAAGAACUGCGGCCUCUCCACCAUCCUCACCCUGACGGGUGUCUCCCGCCUGGAGGAGGCGCAGGCCUACAUGGCCAGCGACAGCGCCGCUGCCCGGGAUCUGGUGCCCAAUUACUAUGUGGACAGCAUCGCGGACUUGAUACCGGGCCUGGAUGAGUAG